AUGCAAAAUAGCGAUACUCACCGCACUUGCUGGGCAGACGUGCGCCCCUCGCUCUUAGCAGAGCCUCACAGCAAAGCUGGCCUCAGUCAGUUGCGAGACGUUGACACACGUCCAUCUUUCCAUGCUAUUGCUGCCGGAUAUGCCGCCGAAGCAGAUCCUCGUCAGCUUGGAGCCGUUGGUGCUUUUAAACAAAGUGGUUAUCGCAUUGAUGCUUUUCUGGCUUCAAACCAUAAAGCAUAUCUUCUUGAGCCUGAUUUGAUUCCGUCCAUUGGCGCCGGCGAUUACCCACCCGACGACCAAGGCAACUUUCGAUUGAUUGGGCGCCAGCAUAGCGCUGCCAAAGGAAGAGCUCUUGAGCGCUCAGGCGGUAUCUUUGGCAUACCUUCAUCUCAGGAAUUUGCCGAUUUUACCACGCUGCUUUGCAUCUCACUCGGAUGGGCGUGCUACCACUGCGGUAUGCCAGCUGUGGUCAGAUGUAAACCGAUACAGCAAGAUGCCAUAUCGAAGGAGGAGACUUGCUAUCAAGUCUAUCGUUGCGCUGAAACAGUCAUUUGCCCUGAAUGCUGGGAAUCAGGGAACCUCGCGCCGGAUGCGAGCCUAUCGACCUUUCUCCUAGCAGGCAUUGAGUAUCGAAACGCUCUGCAUUACGAGCUCAGGUCCCUCGCUGAACUGCUGUCAACGUACACAACCAACCCUCGCGUAUGCGAGGCAUCUGCAACUGGUUUGUUCGCAGGUAUAAAAAAGAUGCAUUCCAUCUACCUCGAAAAUGGUCUGCCACUAGCGACAGCCGCACCUGUCGCGCCACUGCCACCGUUUGUGUUGGAAAGAGAUUGUCACCCUGACGACUGCCCGUACAAGAUGGAUACGAGUAGUCGUGUGCGAACUUAUUCCAAAGAGUGGCAAGCUUCUGCCGCCGCGUUAAACUGCUCUGCCUCUGCUGCUCAAUGGGCAGUGUUUGCGGUGCUCGCCUUUGAUGGUUACGACCGGCAGCUGUGUGGUUUGGAUGCAGGAGUUAGGCCAGUGAGCCUGCUCUAUUCAAAGUACAAGAAACUCAAUACGCACUCGCUGCUGCGAGAAGCUGGGUGGGACAUGGAGGCUGAGCAAGAUCCGACAAUUCACUCGAACCUCAAUCGCACUGUACUCAGUCGCAUGGCUUCUGACAUGGUUCACUUUGGCUCAAAAACAUACCUGAGGUCUCGACAUGCGGCAUCUUGCCACGCAUUAACCCCGGUUGUCGCUCUAUGGAGAUCUCAUAGUGAUGGUCAAAUAGCCUGGAUCAGACAGGCCUAUGCUAAUGGGGAUACGCUCGCUUGUUCGAUGCCUCGUGCCUUUCACGGUCUCUCUGUCUUGGCACUGGCUUCGUGCUGUGGUGACCAAGUGGACACCGGUCUCGGGACACCGUACUGGUCAAUCGGUCGACUAAAAGGUCCAGACUGUCUUUGUGUUUCCUGUGUCAGACUCGUCAGGACUAUUGCCUGUUAUGUUCUUGGUACUUAUGGAUACGGAACCUCGCAAAUCGAGUCAUUGGCACCGUAUGGCGCAUGGAUCAAGGCGUAUCUUGAAUGUGCGCCGUUCGAUCUGGACGUGGGCUGGAAGCAAGUAGCAUGGCAGCUGAUCGAAAGUUGGGAGCAGCUAUAA